CUUUAUCCUUUAUAAGUGCUAACAGUUCUCUUUGGCAUUGCUGCGCCUUCUUCUAUAUGGAUCUAUUUCAUAUCAACUUUGUUGUUUUCUUCCAGCUACCACUUCUCUCAUUUUGUCUUGUUUUUGAGUUUUUCUCGAUUAACUGUAAUGCUCUUGGUCAAUGUCUCCAGGCAGAGAGCUCAGCGCUUCUCCAGCUGAAGCGAGGCUUUACUUCUGGUGACCUCGAUUCAUGGAAGCAAAGCACAAAUUGUUGCAUCUGGGAGGGUGUGACAUGUGAUGAAUCAUUAGGAAGGGUCAUAGGCCUUGACCUAAGUAAUCAGUUCAUUGCUGAGUGCUUCAAUAAUUUUAAGUCAAUGAUGACAGAUAAAAUAGACAUUGUACAAGGUGAUAUAAGGAGUACAAUAAACAACCAAGAAUAUUAUUUGGUUUUGCUCACCAUCGUGAACAAGGGGCAACAAAUGACAAUAUCAAGGUCAUGGAAGAACAUUAUGUCAAUAGAUUUUUCCAACAAUUUAUUUGAAGGAGAGAUUCCUAUAACCAUUGGUCAACUUGCUUCUCUUCAAGUGCUCAACAUAUCAAAUAACUAUUUAACAGGUAAUAUUAUUCCACAACUUGGGAAUUUAUCACAACUCGAGUCAUUGGACCUCUCAAUGAAUAACCUUUCUGGUGAGAUCCCACAAGAGUUGGGUUCUUUAUAUUUUUUGGGAUAUUUAAACCUCUCCUACAAUAAGUUGGUAGGAAACAUUCCAGUUAGAGGUCAAUUAUGCACUUUCCCGAACACUUCAUUUGAAGGAAAUAAUGGAUUAUCCUUACUUCCAUGCUACACAUUGGUUCCAAGAGUGAACAAUACUACAAUAUCAUCAUAUUUACACAACCAAGCUCCAAAGAAUGGAAUAUAUAUGAUUAUAAUGGGAAUAUUAUUCGGUGUUGGAUUUGGAGGUUCAAUGGCAAUAGUUGUUGUGUUUGAUGUCAUGUGUUGUGAAAGAAGGAGGAGGAGAAGCAGGAGACCUAUUGAUGGAUAAUUUUCAUGAAAGCCUCUUUGUAAAAGCAUACUGCUAAUAGAAAGGAAAGCACUGUUGUAAUGA